UUAUUUCAGAAAUAAAAUGGCAGCAAUACAAGUCAUCUUUCAUGAAUUAAAAGCACGGUAUCCCGAAGUACCUGAUGAGGUUGUCAACUCAAUAAUGCAACAGAAUGGCAACGAUAAGGAAAAGUGUCUGCAAGCCCUACAGUCAUACAAUGAUUGUUAUUUGUUUGGAAGUCGAGGACAGAAUGACCAGGUUACUCGUAGACCGCAAGAAGUGCAUAUCACACAUGAAGAGACUACAAUCCCUGGACCCGGUCAACACAGAUUCAUUUCUCGGAAUCGUGACACAGGGGCAGACAUUCAAACAAGUAUAUCAUGGCCAAGUGACCUUACGAACAGUGUCAAUAAGGAGCAUGGGAGACAGUCCCCUAUUACUGCACCGGUAUUGCCCCAAGACUUUGCCCCUUUCGUUCAGCAAAAUGCCUCCCAAUCCCCCCCCGACAAAUCCCUAAUAUCAAUUGUACAACUUAUGGAGGCACGGACAGUUCAGGUACUGCCUCACCCCAGUCAACAGGGAGUCCCGCAGAAGGGCGUCGUGCUGUGAGAGUGUAUCAUUACCCUUCUCGGUCCCCAACAACGCCCCCUGUUGGGUCCAGUAUCUCCCCCAUCCCCAACCAACAACAGUAUGUGUAUAGGAUUCAAUUCGGUAAGGAUAGUGGUGGGAUGUGUACUGUUGCCCCCCAGUCCUCCUCUAUGCAGAAUCUGCAGUCUUUACCCACUGCUGUUAAUCAACAAGGACAAUAUUCGCCUGAAGCAGGACCUCAAUCCUAUGCAGGCUCGACAGCACAUGUAUCUAAUCAAUACACACAUUCUUCACAAGCUACAAUCUUUAUUAAUAAGAACACUAAUAAUGGACAAAUUAGCCCUGAAAGGCCAGGAAAUAGGACUAACAAUUACUCAGCCUUCUCACGUGAUCCGAGAUUGGGUGUGCAGUUGCCCAUGAACGCCACAGGGCAAACGUCCCCAGUGCCAGGAUAUGGGGGAGUUCAUCAGAUUCCACCUGGAUAUAAUAAACCGUUAUCUGUGACAAUUCGAGCGUCAGGACCAGAAGGGGCUGAAACAAAAGUGCGAUAUUUCCCAUCAACACCGGAGCGCUCAGGGUCUGGAUACCAGUUGUCUGGGGCUCACUCCCCGACCCGAUACGGAGUAAGUUCUCAUCCCUCCAACCACCUCCCAGGCCAGUAUCAGACAGCUUCUCAGUCUCCUUUCCAUGUACAGCAGGCGCCAAACCAAAUAUCUGUUGGCAACACAACUUCUUCAGCUUUCAUAACCCCUACGCUACCACGCUUUCCUUCACCUAGUAUAGCACAACCGGUCAUUCCACUGCUGGGAGCUCAGGCUAGUAGUGAACUUGGUAACCUUGUCUUGCAGGAGACAGACACAGGGCAUCAUAUGCCUAACUACCCAACUAUGUCUCCUGCUUCUAGUCAAAGCAGCUUGAGUGAUGAAUCUUCUCGAAGUGAUUACAACCAUCGACAGAGGUCAGGGAGUCUGCAGGAUGAGGUGGAAUAUACUCAGGCAUUGCUAGCACACCAAAAUUCUCGGAUGGGUCGAUUGAAGAGUGAUUAUGAAUCCGAGCUUCAAAAAUUAGAGCAGUUACGAGCUCAAGUGUCUCAAAUGGAGAAGAAUAUGUUGGAAAGGAGAAGUGCUCGAAGAAACAGUUUUCCAGGGGUUGACGAUAUAGGCAAGAUGCGGCAAGCUAAUAGAAAACUUCAGACAGAUAUUCAAGUGAUGGUCAAUGAAAUAGACAUGUAUAGGAAUGGCCAGACGCCAUUUAGUGUAAUAGACCCUAUCGGCCAACAGAAUUUCUUCAACAACAUACCCACUGGGCAACAUGUCCAUCGGAAUUCCUUCAAUGCUAACCGGCCCUCAGACCGGACCAGUGAGUCUCCACCACCGGUUCCUCCCCGAGAGAGCCUCACUUCUGUUCCCCCUGCCCCUCCCACACAACCCCCUGCAGGGUCAGGGGACUCAGAGGAGGGGGAGCAGUGGAGUUGUUCGGCAUGUAAGUUCCUGAACCACCCUGCCCUCAACAAGUGUGAGUGCUGUGAGAUGCCCAGAGCAGCCACAGGAUCAUGAUGUGGAAUGUUAUUUGCCUGUGGCCUGUCUCCCUCUGCCUGUGUCUGCUGUAGAGAGGACUUCUGCCUGCCCGUCUGCUCGCUGUCUUUCCCAUCAUACAGUGUACGUCCUGGUUACGGCCCUUGCCUGCAUGGAAUCAUCUGCUCAACUACAGUUUCCUCUCAGCACAGGGUUACCUUACGCUUGUAUUCUGCUCACACUACAUCAUUGACAAACCACUGUUUAACAUUGUCAUUCUGGUGAUUAGUCAUAGACAUUGGAAGGUCAAGGACAAAUCUUUGUAAAUCAAAUCAAACAUUCUCUGUUGUCAGCUACCAGUUGUGAACAAAUACACUGCGUGGCAGUAUAGUAUUUUCUGUUCAGUGGUUUUGGUGGUUUGCUGACUUUGAGUGGAGGUUAUCCAUCUAAAUGUACUUUUCAAUUUGAUUUGCCUUUCUGAACAGAUAUGUCUCCAACAUAGCUUGCAAACUCAUUAAGAUAGCUUACUCUGUUUGAAACAUCUCUCUUUCAAAAUCUAACUCUCCCUAGAACGUUGAGUCAGCUAAACUAUUUUAUCUAGUAAUCAGGCUAGCUAAACUCGAAACGUUUGUAGCUCUACGAACUUCUUAAGCCCAUUCUUAACACAAUGGCUACAAUAUAAGUUAAGAAUUCUUGGGGCUACGAACGUUUCGAGAAUAAAGGCCCAGCUUCUUAAUUCUCAGGGGCAGUGGAGUAGCCUUGUGGUUGAAGCGUUCGCUUGUCUCGCCAAAGACUCGACUUCGUUUUCCCACUUGGGCACAAUGUGUGAUGCCCAUUUCCGAUGUCCCCCACCGUGAUAUUGCUGGAAUAUUGCUAAAAGCGGCUAAAAACUAAACUCACUCACUUACUCUUAAAUCUCAGCAGCAACUUGGAGCAGCAUAUGUGACCUAUAUCUCAUUAACAUACAUACACGGUCAGUUCCAAAUGGAAAUAAUAAAAGCUGUGUUAUAGUGUGGAUAUUAUUACCUAAAUAUCAAUGCAACAGAGAAAGUCAAAGUGGUUAAUGGUAGCAUAAUAGCAAGUCAUGUUGAACUUGUCAGCUGUCACCUGUUAAUCUUCUAUUUCUGAUGCAGAGUCCACAAGAUGUCGUGAUGAGGCAGAAACUUGUUUUUUGCACAAUCAUAAUCUUUGUUACUUUGAUUAAUGUCCAAAUGUUGGUGCCAUUCCAUGGCACUCUCCACCUUGUUUUCACUUUAACAAAGUCUAAUAUUGUUUUGUUCAUAUUCUGUUACCAUGGUUACUAAAGCUUAUUUUUUAUUCUUAUUUGCCAAAUAAG